GUCAUCUUCUGUGCACGGAGCUCCGAAAGAAGAGGGAAGUUCAGUUUGUUUACAUCGCGGGAAGAAAAGCUUGUCUUCUUGUCUGAAGACAUCUACAAUGAACGGAGAUAGCUGACUUCAGCUCUGUGAAUAUUUCAGUUUUAUUGUUUACACGAUCUCGCUUAGGUCCUAAGUACAUUCACCUGGACAAGCAGCAAAAUGUCUCAGCUGCAGCCACUGACCAAGUGCCAACAAACAGCUGAGCCCCUGCUGAAUGUCCAGGAGAUGCAGUUCUGGCUGAACAAAGCAGUGGCCUGGAGCCAGGCUGACAGCCCAGACACGCAGAAAGACACCUGCCUGCAUCUGAGCAGACUGAGGGAUUUCCUCCAACAUCUCCUCACACAUAGCAACAACAUGCGCUCCACAACAGAGACCAUGAAGAGGCUGCCCUUCCUAGGCCAGUUCCUUGGCCGACUGUGCUGGAACCCUUAUGUCACUGCUGAUGCUGCAAGCAGAAGGCUGUUGUUCCAGUGUCUGUGGGGACUGUACUCGGAGCAUCCAGGCAAUGCUGUGGAAAGAAAAGCCAACCAGUGGAUAAGGAAAGUGUUGAGUCAGCUUGCUACAGAAGAAGACGAUGCUGCAGCGCAGGCAUUAAUGAAGCAUAUGGGUGUACCACCUGAAGAGUACCAUCUCAAAGUCCUGAGAAAGAUGGUGGCACUUCUGCAGGAAAACAUUGGGAAGAGCUGCAGUUCUCUAGACGACAUAAAUCAUGGAUGUUCAUGUGACAGAAUACUGGCCACAUCAGAGGCUUGUGUCCCCCUGGUCACUUGUCCAGAGGCUGCUCCUCUCAUUGGUGCGCUGUUGCAGCAGCCAGUGACUUGUGUCAGGGCAACACUUAAUGAAGACUUCCUGGAUACUCUGAGCUCUGCCUACUCCAGCCAAUGCUUAAAGUCACUGGAGGAGGAAGCAGUAGUCUCGCUGUGGUAUCACAACCUGUCCAGCCUGGAAGAAGCAGUGCUCAGUCUGCUGGAGUGUGUUUUCACCGACACAGGGUCAACACCACAGAAGCUAGAGCAGCAAUUGGCGCAGUCACUGCUGCCUAAAGCCUGUGCUCAGCACUACUCCAUAUUCUUGGUUGUUAACGACAUCUUCAGGUCCAUCCUUAAGCAAGCUGAAGGGAAGGAGUCUGUUAAGUAUCUUAUCCGAACCUUUACCAACUGCUUCCUCAGGAAACUGGCACUGCGGAAGCAUCAGACGAGUGUAUCUUUGAAGGCCUUGUUCCCACAGUCACCUCAGAAUCUGCUGGUUCCUCUCUUGACCCUGCCGUCAGAGAUGCCUCAGGAAGCUUGGAGACAUCAUCUGAACUGGCUCAGUGGCUCAUUACAGAGACUGACAGAGGAGGAAGAGGAGGGAGAAGGAGACGGCAGCAGUAGCACCAGGGGGCUCCACAGAGUGUUCGAGGCCUGGUUCCUGCUGGUCCAGUGUGGCCACUGGAUGCAGGUGGCUGUCCAGCUGCUGGUGACAGCAGGGCCUGAGGACUGCGGACCCCUACUUUGGCUGCUGACCUUCUACCACCACCCCACCAACAGGGGGCACCACAGAGCACUGCAGCUGGUACAUGCCAAAGAAGCAUGGGACCACCUACGCUCCCUUUCCUUGGUCUUAGCUCGUCCGGUUCCUGUUGACCGCCUGCAGUCAUUGGUCACUCUCCUGUCACCACAACCUCAGCAACCAUCCCUGUCUCCAUUAUUGAUCCUCAACCUCUUAGUCAACCUUGCUGUUUUCUCAGAACAAUCGCUGAGUGGAUCAACAGAGAUUUUACAGACGGUGGUGGAUGGGUCCGCUCUGGCUGAUGAAGCAGCGUGUGUUCUCAGUUCACUGGAGCUCAGACUAAACGAAGGAAGCUGCUCAUCAAGCGACGCUAACAGAGUUCAUCUCAGGAUCAAGGCACUUCAAAACACACUAACACAUAUGCAUGCAGCAUCAAGCUCUGCUGAGUAAACCCCUCCCCCCUCGGGGUAUUUUCAGGACACUUUUGCAGAAUUACAAAUAGACACACUCUUGUGUAGAUAUGCUGCGGUACAAUGACAGGAGUGUGUCAAAAACAGCACGGGGAGGACAGAUUAUGUGGAGCGGCUACAAUUAUACGCACACACAUAACACGACUACAAGGCCCACGAGGACACUUGAGCAGUGACAGAUCUCACUGCAAAGAGGCAGCAGCUCGUACAACAUGUCGGAGUCCUCCCACUCAUCGAAUUGUCUCACAAUAUAAGUCCUUCACGCUACAGAUGCUGACUGAAAGACAUUAAGUUUGCAGGACAAGAAAACCAAAAGCCAGUUAUCUUUGUAUAAUAACUAUUUGUUCUAUGAAAAACAUGAGUAUAUGAUGAAAUAGAAAAAAUUACAUUUUCUGUUGCUUCAUUAUUUUUAAAGAUGAAGAUUGAAUCUGUCCUUUUUGUGUUUGAUCCCAUAGUUUUAAAAUGACCCCUGGAGUCUAACAUUUACAUUAUUUAUGACUUCUGCUGAAGUUGUACAAAAAUAUUAAUGCGUACUGCAUUUUUUUAAAGUCUAAGCAAAAGUGAUUUUUCAUUCAGGAUCAUUGAUAUUUUGUUUAGAAUUUGGUACAUGAUGUACGUUACAUACUGUGAUUUGUGUGUGGAAUAGUUUUCCACCCUUAAAAUUAAAAGGUGGGCUAAUACUUAC